AUGAAAUCCGACAAGGAGGGAAAAGGGUCGCCCUACGAGCAAUGGCGACGGACCGGCAUCGUCAAUCUGGCCAUUGUCAGCGUGUGCGCCGCCGCCUUGCUGGCCAGUCUGCUCGCUGCGGUGGAGGGCGGCGGCGGCAGCAGCGUCGACGGUGCCGUGAUCCUGCUCGAGAGUGAUUGCACCACCACCUCGCGAGUCAACCUCGCGCUGCACCUCGCCAUCAACCUCCUGUCUACCGGCAUCCUGGCGUCCUCAAACUUUUAUAUGCAGGUUCUGAGUGCGCCGAGUCGAAAGGAGGUUGACCGCGCCCACGCGCAAUUCAAGUCUGUGGAUAUUGGGAUUCCGUCGGUUAAGAACAUCAGAUUCAUCUCGCACUUCAAAAGGGUAUGCUGGGUCAUACUACUAUUGAGUUCGUUCCCCCUACAUCUCUUGUUCAACAGUGCUGUGUUUGAGACGGGAUACAAGGGCCGAUACUGGAACAUGACUAUUGCCUCGGCAUCAUUCAUCGAGGGCGCGCCGUUCUAUGCGCCGGGAGCGAGUCUGGCGCCAGCUGGAGCACCAUCUCCAGCAUACCAAUAUGUCAAAUAUAGUGAUGAGGAUUACAAUCACUAUACGGGUCUCACAGGGUGGGGUUACGGCACCCCCGUGAGCCUGGAAGAAUACUGGAAUAGCACAUCGUCGCCUCGUCUAGAGCUCCAAGCCACGGCAACAGAUGCCUCAUCCUGGACACGGUUGGAACCACAGGACUGCAUGGCUGAAUACUUGUCUUGUAAUGCGAGGAAUGAGUAUUCCGAUGUUGUGCUCAUUGUCAAUAGCACGACACACUCUAACGGAUGGGCCCGAUCCGCGGUCUUUGAUUUCGCUGCUCAGAGCAACUUGUCCACCAUUUGGGAUCAUCAGGUUCCUCCCAACGGCAAGAAUUCCCUCUGGUACUCGACGCGGUGCUCGGUCCAUCGAGAUACCCACAUUGACACAACGACCACGUGCACCCACGACUGUCUGACGCUCCUCGGCAUCGAUCGUUUCACCUCGAGUAAUGCGUGGAACCUCACGGCAACAACGCCAUCGCUUUCGACCUGGACCAUUGAGUUCCGGCCCGACGAGCUCAAUGUCCCGGCAACCGAGGGGAGCAUAUACGGGUUCAACGCCACGCUCAACACCCUCCAAGUCGACUACUGCCUCGCCCGACCGCUGAGCAAAAAGUGCAAGGUCGGAGUAGCGAACCCGCUGUUGGUGAUUGUCUUGUCAUGCGUUGUCCUCAAGAUCGCCGUGUGUACCAUUGUUGUGCAAAACCUCCAGCAUGUCUCGCUGGUGACACCGGGAGACGCCAUGGAGUCUUUCAUCUCAAAGCCGGACCCCAAGACGGAGGGGCUCGGCACCCUCGAUAUCGUCGAUAGCGAGCGCCUUGAGUUUGGCGUCCGGAAGCCGUGGAAGCCCGCCGGCGGCGACAGCAGCGAGAUCGAGUUGACGCCCAUGAUUAGAGCCCGCCGUUGGCAAACAAAGCCGCGAAGCCUCAUCAGAAUCAUCCCCCGAGCAGCAUGGACACGAACUUACUGCUUGUUAUUCGUGGCUAUCGUCUUUGUCAUGUUUUGUAUGAUUCUCGCGAUUACAAACACCAGCAAGAGCAUUUUGGAUCUUCCAUUCGGCCAUUCCGACGAGAACCUCACAAUGAGCCUGGCUGGAUCUUAUGUCAGUUGCCUGCUCAUUGCAAAUGCGCCGCAGAUGCUCCUGUCAACGUGCUACUUUUCCUACAAUACCUUCUUCACGCGCCUGGCAGUCGAGACUGAGUGGAACUCGUUCAGCCUUCGGUACCAGCCGCUCCGAGUCUCCUAUCCCUUGGGCGAUCAGACAUCUAAAUACCGGCUGCAAUUGCCAUACAAGUAUAGCGUGCCCCUUCUUGCCAUGAGUAUAUUGCUGCAUUGGCUCGUCUCCAAUACCAUUUACAUCUUCAUUACCGAAGGAGGGUACUGGGAUACAUAUGAUAAUGUCGACGGCGCCAGUGCCAACCUCGGUGUCUCAGCCGACGCCAUGGUCGCGCUUGGCUACUCGCCGCCGGCCAUUGUCGUCGUCUUCAUCGUCUCGGUCGUCAUGAGCAUCUUUCCCAUGGCUUGGAGCCUGCGCAAGGUCAAAGGCGACAUGGUGAGCGGCGGCACCAACUCACUCGUCAUCUCGGCCGCGUGUCACGCUGCGGUGCCGUCGGUGGCAAGUAGUGCGUGCCACAAGCGCCGCACGUCUCGGGAUAGGAACAGUCCGAAAGACGGCGACUGCGAGGGCUCAAAAAACGACUUCUUGGCUGAUGACGAGGAAGAAUACACAAAGGGAGGAGGACGAGGAGGAAGAGGAGGAGGAGAAGAAGAAGAAGAAGAAUGGCAGGAGAAUAGAGAAGCUGCAGCCCUUCUCCAACUUUCAAGAUCAAAAAUCAAAUGGGGAUCCGUCCCUUUGCCAUCAGAACUUGCCAGCUACAUGGUGACCGAAGGGGAUGAGCCCGUGAGACACCUGACUUUUGGCGGUCUCGACCAAGAUGUCCAGCAACCAUUGAAUGGUGAGUUGUACGCCUGA